UUUCCAGCCUCCGAAACCACUACUCGGUGUUCAACAUGGCCGCCAAGGUCCCAAGAAACUUUCGACUCCUGGAGGAGCUCGAGAAGGGCGAGAAGGGUCUGAGUGCAGAUGCCUGCUCAUACGGACUUGCUGAUGGAGAGGAUAUGAUGAUGAGCAACUGGAAUGGAACCAUCCUUGGUCCGCCUCACAGCGUUCAUGAGAACCGGAUAUACAGUGUGAACAUCCACUGCGGACCUGACUACCCCGAUAACCCGCCUACCGUUCAAUUCGUUUCUCGAGUCAACAUCCCCUGUGUUGAUCCCAGCUCUGGCAAGGUCGAUCCGACAAAGCUCCCUACCCUUGCGCAGUGGAAACGAGACAACACUAUGGAGACGGUUCUGAUUGAGUUAAGAAGGUACAUGGCCUUGCCCCAGCAUAAGAAGCUGCCGCAGCCCCCGGAGGGCUCGACUUUCUAG